GCGUUAAAAAGCAGUAUUGUCAAUUUGGAAAAGGUUUAUACGGUUUUGUUUGAAAUUAUGGUAUUUAAUAUUAGAGUCGGAUAUUGUUUCAGCGGCUUUGUCAAUAAUGUAGCCAAUAUUAUCAACGUGGGAGCAGUUAUCCGAACGGUACUAGGUAAACACAUGUCGCACUAAGUGAAGUGUCAAAUAUAAUCUCAAAGACAACUAAAAAUACAACAAACUCCUUGCAGCGUGCGACUGGCCGGACACGUCGGCAACGCUCAGCGAUACGAAAAUAAAACCAGACAGGUCAAUGACGUCUGACCUGUUACUUAAUAAAUAAAAAAAAUAUAAUAUAUAAAUUAGAUUAUAAUGGACAUAAACGAGGACAAGAUCAAGGAGGAAGUCAGCAGCUUCGUCUCCUCUCUGCAGCGGCUACUGCCGAAGAAGAAGGAGAUUAUAGUGGUGGAACCACAGCGACACAAAACCAGGAAGCUGUGUGACAUCCAUGCCGAGGCGAAAAGUACUUUCCCGAAGUGCUUCAUUGGCGCUCGCCUCAUUGUUCUCAGAGAGGUCCUGGACAAAGUCAAAUUAGUUCAACAGUACAGCUAUGGGAAGACUAGAGAAUCCUACAGGUGUUACUCCCAGCUCAUUCACAAAGAAAUGGAACCCAAGAGCACAGACGAAGGGUUGCUGAUAGACUCGUCUGGUUCUGCGACGGCUACGUACAAGGAUAGCCUCGACGGAGAGUACCAGAUGCGGCUGAUGUCAAGAAUCAGGGAUUUGGUGUCGUCAGAAACAGAAAUUGUGUUUGAGAAGGAGAACGAGAAGUCUGUGGGAUCAGUUUCGUGUUCUGUAAGAGAUGUGGACCCGAACACAUUACGUAUGGUGACGCAGUGGAUGUACAAAAUUCUCCCCGAAGUGUGUUUUGGGACCGAGAUUGGAUUCAAGCCGCUAAUGUACCCGCCGACGCCGGAGAUCUCGAUCAGUGCUCGGUAUGACAGGCCCAGCUUCACAUUAUCCUCCACAGCUAGCAAGAUUGGCUUUCAGGUGUGUUUUUACAAACAGUUCUCACCAGACUUGCGAUUAGCGACGAUAAUCACCGAGGGCUGCCGAGGUGGGCAGACCACAGUGAGCCUGGCGAUGCACAAGAAUUACCAGAACGGAUCUGAGCUGAAAAUAUUUGUUGACUCCCAGCGCUGCGGGGGUUUCACUUUCCAAAGAGAUAUACUAUUUUAUGAGCCGCAAAACGAGGCCCGCGUGUUGCGCCUCGUCGGAAGUACUCUGAUUGAUAAACAAAGGCGGGUUCGAUUCGGGAUUGGGAUCAAUCUGGAUUUCUAGCACGUUUCAAGUAAGUUACACGGUCCAACAUACCCCCUGAUCGACCGUGGCUGCGGUGUGGUGUGCUUACAUUUUUGUAGAUUUAUUCGUUUGUAUAUAAGUAUACAUAGGUUUUAGUUAUUGUUUUAUCUUAUUAACGUUUGUUCCGCUACGUGGUUUAAAAAUGUAAUUAAAUUAUUAAAAUUUUGUGGGUGUUUUGUUAUCA